UCUCCAUUAAUCAAGCCUGCAUUUCACUGAGAGUCUGUGUGAAGGCAUGACACAACUUUGGUUUCAUCGCCUCUGGAUUUCACCACUGACUGUCACUUAUCAAAAUGUCAUGUUUCAGUGCUCAGGCUGCGCUCGUCCUGGUCUUCACUGGAGGGUGGUGCAUGUGUGCAGCUGAUGUUGGGGAUUUCGCUCUGUGUCUGCAGUUCUUCUAUAAGUCGUGGCCUCCUAAAGGUCUGACUGGGACGCCGAUCUGCCAGCGUUUUAACAACCAGUACCGCUUUGCCACGCUGUACAGUCGACCGCGCCGCUCCCCGUGGUUCUCGGCCUAUUUGUACUCUGUCCCAGAGGGAAGGAGACCCACCGCAUAUUGGAAGUUUGAACCACAGUUAGCCUACCCAGGAGCUGAUGGAAACAUGAUCCCGUUCCCUCCAGGCCCUGUAGACCAGAACGUGGUGGAGAGCCAGGGGGUGGAGCUGGACUACACUAACUCCACCUAUUCUCGUGGCCACUUGGACCCCAGCCUCCACCACCAGAGCCACGAGGACCGUUCCGCCACCUUCACCCUCACCAACGUGGUUCCCCAGAAGGCCGGCUCUAACGACGGGCCCUGGGAGGACCUGGAGCAGACCAUCAACAAAACCUUAUCGGCCUACUGUCUCGGAGAGGCUUACGUAGUUACUGGUAUCAUCCCUUACCAGAGCGACGAACACUGGCUCAAGAAUCACCGCGUGGCUGUGCCUGAGUACAUGUGGUCCGCCUACUGCUGCCCAAACUACAACAACAGUCUUCCAGAAGAACUGAAGGAUGCUUUUCCCACGUACGCAGCUAUCGGCCGCAACGACCGCAACAGCACGGAGGAGAUUGUGCCGGUGAGCCAGACGGCAAAGAAACAGUUCAGAGGAUACGAUGUGAGACAGAUGCCACUGGAUACACUUGAGAUGUAUCUGAGGGACAGGUUCGGGACAGUUGUCAGUGUUUUCUAUGAGCAGUGCUCCGGGUCGGACUGAUCCUGCAGGUCUGAGGCACAAAGCCUAUUUGGUUAAGUCUGGGAAAGACUGUGGUGGUCAUGGUUAAAGGAAACCAACACUGACUUUAAAAUACUGUGAUGUGUUUGUUUCCCUUUAAAGACAAGAAGAAGAAGAAAGGAAGAAUUAAUUAUUUUGACAGUUAAUGGACUGACAAAUCUGCUGAUUUAUUGCUGCAUAAAAAACCUCUAAUAAAGGUUUCAUUGAUCAAGACAGUGAUUCUUAUGUUGUUGGGGUUUUUAAUCACUGAUGUGUGACGUUUGCCCUGAAUUUAUUUUGGGGCUAACAACAAACAAAUAAAGCUUGUUUUAAAGAAAGAGUUUGACUUUUUGGAGAAAAAAAGGUAUUUAUUUUCCUGCUGAGAGUCACAUCUGUCCAUUAAAUAUACAUUUGGAGACAUGACACUGUUAGCUUAGCAUAGCUGAGCAUUAAGGCCCGAGCCUGGCCCCCGCCAUAACUUGUCGUUGUUUUUACACCUCAGUUUUCAUACAGAGUAAACACAAACAGUUUUUUUAAGCAUCAAAGGGAAGAUUGAUACCAUCUGUCUGGUCAAUACAAAGGUGGAGCCAUAAGGUAGUUAGCUUAGCUUAGCAUAAGGACCAUUGCCGGGCCCCUGCCGUAAAACAGUAAGCCUACCCACUUGUUUUUAAGGAAGAGUCUGACUUAUUUUCUUGCUGAGAGUCAAAGAGAAGACUGUUAAAUAUGAAGGUUGAGCCAUGAGAUGCUUAGCUUAGCUUAGCUUAGCAUAAAGACCAUUGCCGGGCCCCUCCCAUAAAAUCCCAGGUUUCGUAUGGAUUAAACGCACACAAACAAAUACAGCUUGUUUUUAAGGAAGAGUUAGACUUUUUAUUUUCUUGCUGUGAGUCAGCGGAAAAAUUGAUACCAUCUGUCUGGGGGGUCUGCCCAUUGGUCCGACAGCCCAUUGGUCCGACAGCCCAUUGGUCCGACAGCCCAUUGGUCCGACCAUAUUAAACCCAUUGUUCCGAAAUCAUCAUGAUGCCCUGUGGUUAAGGUCUGGUUAGGUUCAGGCACAAAAACCACUUGGUUAGGGUCAGGAAAAGAUCAUGGUGUGGGUUAAAAUGAAAAAGAAAGUGACAAACACAUAAGCCGUGAGCCUGCUCCGCCUCAAGCCUUUCCCAGCUGACCCAGAGCCGGUCGCGGCGCACCAUCAAGGUAGAAAUACACCCGCCAGGAGCCGUUCAGCACCGCAGAGAGCUCCCCACACAACCCCGACCCCAGAGUUAAUAACAGGAGGUUAUGGUGUUUCACUCUGUCCUCUCUAUGACACUUGUAUCUCGACCAGUAGCCUACUUUUGUUGCAUUGCUGAUCCUCUAUGGUACACAAAUACAGUAUAGCCUAGUAUAAUCACAUAUCGGAACAACAGGACGUCGGACUAAUGGGAUGUCAGACCAAUGGCAUGGACCCCUGUCUGGUAAAUGCAAAGGUGGUUGGCUUAGCUUAGCAUAAAGACCAUAGCCUGGCUGCUACCAUUAACAGUUAGCCUACUGGUUGUUUUUACACCUCGGUUUCGAUUAACACACAAAUACAGCUUGUUUUUAAGGAAGAGUUUGACUUUUUGGAGAGUCAGAUCUGUCCAUUAAAUAUAAAUUUACACCUGUUCCCUGUGGAAUGUUCCAACAGGUGUUUUUUGAGCAUUCAACAACUCUGUCACAACUUUUUUGGAACGUGUCGCAGCAUCAAAUUCAGAAUAAGUGUAUAUUUUA